UUUAGGUUCUAAAGGUCAAAGGUUGCCUGCAUGUUUUCUUUGCUGUCUAUUCAGCUAAACUGAGGAUCAUCUGAAAUGUUAUCUACAAUCAAACAAGCAGUUUCAGAGCUCUCUCUACCAGUCCCCUGGGGGGAGAUCAGAGGUAAAGUCUGGGGUCCUGAUGACGGCCGUCCUGUGCUGUGCCUGCACGGCUGGGCUGACAACUGUGGUACAUUCAACACCCUCAUUCCCCUUCUACCCAAAGAGUGCAGAUGCGUGGCGGUGGACCUGCCAGGUCACGGUCUGUCAUCUCAUCGUCCUCCUGGAGUCUUCUACUCUUUUCCUGCAUAUGUGGCGGACGUACGCAGAGUUGUUGACGGUCUCCAGUGGACAAAAUUCUCCAUCAUAGGCCACAGUAUGGGUGGUAACAUUGCUGCCAUGUUCAGUGCUCUGUUUCCUGAGAUGGUGGAUGCUGUCAUUCUCCUGGACGCUUUUGGAUUUAUACCUUUAUAUCCAACAGAAAUAUCCAAAGUGAUGAAGCAGGGGAUGGAUGAGAUGCUCCAGUUUGAAAAAAAGACAGAAGAGAAGAAAAGAGUUUACACUUAUGAGAAGGCAGUUGAGAGGUUGUUGGCUGCAAACCCGACUCUGUCUGAAGACUCUGUGAACAUCCUUUUAGAGCGAGGUCUAGUUCGAGUGGAAGGAGCAGGAUUUGUGUUCUCCAGAGACCUGCGAGUUAAUUUUAAAAACAUAGCGCGCGUAACUUUGGAGCAGAGUCUGGGGAUGCAGUCGAGGAUACGAGCCUCUGUUCUACUUAUUCUAGCAGACGAAGGCUUUGGUAAAACAUCUCCAGAAUCAGACAAACAGAAAGUGACCGACAAGCUUCUUCAAGGCUAUCGUGACAGAAAUCACACGGUGGUGACAGUAGCAGGGGAUCAUCACGUCCAUCUGAAUGAUCCUGAAGUCGUCGUUCCGUUUGUUUCUGACUUCCUGCAGACCAACGUGUUCUCACAGCAGCUGCAGCCUAGUGGACACACACCAACUUUAUAACCAACACACAAACAUGUCCUCACAUUGUCAUAGUGAAUUAUUACACAUCAGGUCUCACCACACUUUUCUCAUCUCAGCUCAUUUCCAUAAUAUUAUAUUCUCCAUUAGUAUAGGUUACUAUUUGAACACUAUUAUAAACCUUCUUUAGAAACCUGGAAUAAUCAGUUCUAAAUGUGGAAAUGUCAAAUGAAUCCAAUAUUGAUAAAAUGAAAUUGAAAUUUACACCAGUUAAGUCUUUUUUUUUUGUAAACUCUUUUUAUUAGUUUUGUAAGUAAAAAUACAAACAGAACAAGAACAAUUAAGGUCCACAGUUCAUCACAUAAUCAGCCAAAUACAAGAAAAACAAGCAAAUUAACAAAAAUGUAGCGAAACACACAUACACACACA